UUUUUUAGCCACUCUCUUUUUUUAUUUUUCCUUCAUCAAUAUUAAAGUUAUUAAAAAUUUUAAAGAUUCCCCCAUUUCCGUAUACAGAAUGGUCAGCCUUUCUUCCUCGAUUCACUCAAUUACUCAGAAUUUCAUAUUUUUUAGUAGCGUUCGAUAGAGGGAGACCACCCAGGUAUAUCGAAACCUUUUUUAGGCCUCGAAUUUUUGGAGCCGCAGGCGAAAGCUGUAGAUACCCCGUUUACGGCCCUGAUGGGACCCCCAACUUCCUUUUCCGAAGUGAUACUGUUUUCUUGCAAAAUAACUUUGGGCCGAGUUAUGGCCGUUCAGGUUUAACGAUAGAGUCUGGGAUUAAGAGGUAAAUGAGCAACUUCUCUCUUCUUUUUCAUCCUCAAAAUACCCACCUGCCCACUUUUACUGUUUUUUUUUGUUCUUCGUGUCUGACAUUUUUCUUCCCUCUUUUUGUUCCUUCGUCUCCAUAUACUCAAAACUCAAAAAAACCGAAACUUUGUGCGGCCAUAACUCGGCCCAAAGUCAAUUUGAAAGAAAAUGAUAUCACUUCACAAGUCAGGGGUCCUCUAUCGAAUGGUACCAAAAAAUAUAAAAUUUGCUCUGACAGUAAAAGAUGA